AUGUCAUUCUUGAACAAGGUAGAAUUGCUUGAACUAGCUGCACCCAGUCAUCAACACCAAUCACUCCAUCAAAGCAUCAAUGACAAAAACCUCUAUCCAAUUCUAGCCAGAAAAUCAGCUAUAGAAUUGGACCAGUCAUCAACACCAAUCAAAGCAUCAAUGACAAAAACCUCUAUCCAAUUCUGGCUAGAAAAUCAACUACAGAAUUGGACCAAUUCUAGCCAGAAAAUCAGUUACAGAAUUGGAACAGUCAUCAACACCAAUCACUCCAUUAAUGACAAAAACCUCGAUCCAAUUCUGGCCAGAAAAUCAGCUACAGAAUUCCCUCAUCCAAAUGCAUCCUAUAGAAACAUGAUCACUACAUCCUACACUCAUCCAAAUGCAAAACCAGCUACAUUUUUUUGCAAAUUCCCUGAACACAUGCUUCACUUGGACUAG